AUGUCUAGUCCUCAAGUUGCAAGGCUCAAGUUCGACCAUCACCACAAUGGCCUCGGUGUAGACACGUCUAGACCUCGACUCUCGUGGUCUUUUGAAACGUCGCCCUCAACAGCUUCAUCAUGGGUACAAACUCGUUAUGAAGUUGAGGUCACCUUGAACACAGGUGAUACUGAGGUAUUUACUAUCGAAGGUGAAAAAUCAGUUCUAGUACCAUGGCCAUCGAGGCAACUUUCGUCCCGCGAAUCUGCAUCGGUUCGAGUCAGGGUAUACGGUAAAAGCCUCGAGGAAGACUCUCCCAGGCUAGAGCCAAGCCCUUGGUCGACAGCUGCGACAGUUGAAACUGCUCUUUUUGAAACCAGCGACUUCAAAGCGAAUUUUAUCACCUCGGCCGAACGAAUUGGACCGUGCGGGCCGCUGCGACCGAUCCGGUUCUUCAAAGAGUUCACUUUACCGCCCGACAUAACGAUUAUUCCUCGUGCACGAUUAUAUAUAACAGCCCUUGGUGUAUUUGAAGCAACUAUCAACGGACAACGUGUCGGCAAUGAGGUCCUGGCCCCAGGUUGGACGAGCUACAACCAUCGCCUCAUUUACCGUAUCCAUGAUGUUACCUCGUUACUACUCCCAGGGAAGAAGAAUAUCAUCAGUGUCGAAGUUGCUGAGGGUUGGUAUGCAGGAAGACUCGGCUUCAAAGGUGGCAAGCGGUUCCGAUAUGGAGAUGAGCUGGGGUUAUUUGCUCAGCUCGAGGUCCAAGAUGCAGCUGGUGAAGUGCCUUGGGACCUUAUCUCAGACGAUACUUGGUCAUGCACCACGAGUCCAAUCGUUGCAAGUGAGCUUUACGAUGGCGAGGUUUACGAUAUGAAUCAUAUACCUCCAAAACCUCUGAAGACGAGACUUCUUCCGAGGCCAUCGGCUCGACUUUUAGCACCCGAUAUACCCCCUGUCCGUGUUACCGAGCCUAUCUCCUGCAAGCGUGUCUUUACCAGCCAGAGCGGCAAGACAAUCUUGGACUUUGGACAGAACCUCGUGGGCAAGCUCUUAGUAUCAAGUCUCCCUACCCAGAAGGACAAAUGCAUCACUUUUCGUCACGCUGAGGUUAUGGAAAACGGAGAGUUGGGAACACGACCACUUCGUGACGCAAAAUGUCGUGAUACCAUCAUUGGGUCUGGUGGGACGAUAUCGAAUUGGUCACCGAAGUUCACCUUCCACGGCUUCCGGUAUGUUGAGGUUGAAGGAUGGCCUGGUGAUGGUCCGUCGCCCGAGGACGUCCAAGCCGUUGUACUUCACACCGAUAUGGAACGACGAGGAUUCUUUGAGUGCUCCAACCCUUAUGUGAACCAACUCCACAAGAACAUCGUCUGGUCAAUGCGUGGCAACUUUCUUUCUCUACCAACAGAUUGCCCGCAGCGAGAUGAGCGUCUUGGGUGGACCGGCGAUCUGCAAGUGUUCUGCCCAACGGCGACAUACCUCUACGAUACUCUAGGUAUCCUCAGUAAUUGGUUACAAGAUGUGUCAGCAGAGCAACUGGAAGAAGGCAAGGGCGGUAUCCCCCCUCUUGUGUGCCCCAACGCCAUAAGUUCUAAUUGGCCUCAUAUGGCUCAAGCAAUAUGGGAUGAUGUCACGGUCUUAGCUCCCGAAGCGUUAUAUCAGUAUAGCUCAGAUAAACAUCUACUGGAGAGACAGUUUGAGAGUAUGUAUGCGUGGCUUGAGCAAGGUGUUGAUAGAGCUCCAGAUGGACUUUGGAACCCAGAUAAGUGGCAGCUAGCAGAUUGGUUAGAUCCCAGCGCGCCACCUGAGGAUCCUGGAAACGGACGAACUGACAGCAUUCUCGUCGCUAAUGCGUACCUUGUUCAUACGACACUGGUCUUUUCCAAGCUUUGCUCUGUUCUUGGACAGUCAAAGCUAGCUACCAAGUUUGCCCAAGAUGGGCAACGACUCAAGGCCCUCUUCCAGCGAAGAUACAUCACAGCAGAAGGCAACCUCAUGUCAACAUCUCAAACAGGCCUUGGCCUCGCCAUAAGAUUCGGUCUUUAUCCUGAAAAUGAUGAACAACGCAAAACUGCUGGGAAAGCUCUCGAUCGCCUCGUCCGCACCGCUCGCUUCCAUAUCAGCACAGGUUUCGCAGGAACACCAGUUAUUUCCCAUGCACUGUCUGAGAUUGGCCGCUCACAACUAGCAUAUCGUAUGCUGCUGGAGACGACGUGCCCCAGUUGGUUAUACGCCGUGGUAUCGCAUGAUGCGACGACCGUCUGGGAACGUUGGGAUAGCAUGUUGCCUGAUGGACGCAUCAAUCCUGGUCAGAUGACGAGUUUCAACCACUAUGCUCUUGGGGCCGUGGGCGAUUGGCUUCAUGGGACAGUCGGCGGGAUUGCACCCCGUGAACCAGGGUGGCGCGUCAUUCGUGUUCGCCCUAUUCCCGGGGGGAAUAUCACCAGUGCCAAGGUAUCGUUUAAUGGACCUUAUGGACUUGUUGCAUGUGAAUGGAAGCAUGAGGGUCAAAGGUUUAGUAUGUUGCUGACCAUUCCUCCCAAUUGUUCAGCUCUAGUCACUCUGCCUUCAGAGGUGCGAAGAGACUUUAGCUGUGAGGUGGAGGCGACUAGAAUUCUUUACUCUGGUCAUCACUCGCUGGAAUGCGAAUUUGACGCUGGGGAAUGGCCGUCUAAGCCAAUGGUUGCAGCUAACCAACCCAUGCCUGUAGAUAGUAUCGCUAGGUAG